UAUUGGUUGUCUUCUCUCCUCCUCUCUCUCUUUUUUAUUCCUCCUGCUCCUCCUCUCAUUCAAUACUUACUCGACAUACUCCUCCCUCCACGUGAUGUUCUCCACUACCACCACCAUAAACAACGUAUGUAGUAGUAGUAGUACGAGUACUAGUAGUAGUAGUAGUAGUAAUAAUUAUAAUAAUAAUAAUAAUAAUAAUAAUAAUAAUAAUAAUAAACAACAACAACACUACUACUACUACUAAUAAUAAUAAUCGUAGUCGUCGCUGUUGAACUCUGCCCAUGAAGGGAGGAGGAAGGGGAGACAGAGGGGUGAAUCAGUCGUUGUCGGUGUUGGAUGCUCCCUUUGACGAUACAGUACCGUUAAACGACAUCCUAACCACGACCACCGCCACCGACACUGGUCAACAAUCACAACAACAACAACAACAACAACGCCAUCGAUCAUCGUCCUCCUCAUCACCACCACCACGUCGUCGUCUUCUUCAAGCUAUGUUCUCCUCAUCUGCCGGAGGAGGCAGCGACAACAAUCGCAGUCCUAGCAUCAACACCAUUUUGCCUUACGUAUCAGUCGAAGGACAAACCAUUCCGGCGCCCGAACUGAUCAACGAUGCUUCAGACACGGCCCCGAUCGUCGAUUCGGAUGAGGGUCGCAGUUUCGAGAGCGAUGCCACUAAUCCGACCGUACAGGUGCUCUCCUCGAACCCGAUCAACUCACGGAGGGCCUACAUUUCCGUCGGGAUCCUCUUUGCCAUCAAUCUUCUCAACUAUAUGGACAGAUAUACCAUUGCAGGUGUAUUACACAGUGUACAAAGCUUUUAUGGGGUCAACAAUACGAAACUGGGACUCUUGCAGACGGCCUUCAUCGUCAGUUACAUGUUGUUCUCUCCGAUAUUCGGUUACAUUGGAGACCGCUACAAUCGCAAAUACAUCAUGGCUUGUGGCAUAUUCUUCUGGUCUUGUUUGACCCUGGCAGGGUCGUUUGUUGGCAGAGAUAAAUUUCAUCUGUUCCUCUUCCUUCGAGCCCUCGUUGGCAUCGGUGAGGCCACCUACUCCACCAUAGCUCCAACCAUUAUUGCUGACCUUUUCGUCAAAGAUAUGCGAUCUCGGAUGUUGAUGGUUUUUUAUUUUGCUAUCCCGGUUGGCAGUGGACUCGGUUACAUCGUUGGUUCAAACGUUGCCUCUGCUAUCGGUAAAUGGCAGUACGCUCUCAGGGUCACACCCCCACUUGGUAUAAUCUGUACCGUGCUGAUUGUCUUUCUUCUGGUUGAGCCUGAGAGGGGGUCCAGUGAAGGGGGUACCCACCUCAAGAACACCUCAUACCUCACAGACAUAAAGGCUCUUCUCAAAAAUAAAAGUUUCCUGUUCUCAACUAUUGGCUUCACAUGUGUUGCAUUUGUGACGGGAGCGUUGGCCCUUUGGGCUCCCUAUUUUAUGUAUGAUGCCAUACGUCUCUUGGAUGGAUCAGCAGAAAUGGCAGACGUUAGCCUAAAGUUUGGCGUCAUCACGUGUGCAGCUGGUUUCAUUGGUGUUGCUGCUGGCUCUGUUGCUGCACAGUAUUACAGGAGACGAAACCCUCGAGCGGACCCUCUCAUCUGUGCAAACGGGAUACUGUUGUGCACCCCGUUCUUAUUCUUUACCCUGGUUACCAUGCAGUAUUCCAUCACAGCCUCUUGGGUUUUAAUAUUUAUUGGGGAGACGUUUUUGUGCCUCAACUGGGCAAUUGUGGCAGAUAUUUUAUUGUAUGUGGUCAUUCCUACAAGACGGUCACUUGCUGAGUCAUUUCAAAUCAUUAUUUCCCACAUGUUUGGUGAUGCUGGCAGCCCUUAUUUGAUUGGAUUGAUCUCCGACCACCUGUCCUCGACCUACCCCGAGUACAUGCAAAAGACCAACUUCCUGCAGUUCAUCACACUCCGUGCUGCCCUCUACAUUACAUGUUUUGUCUGUGUCCUCGGUGGCGCGGCCUUCUUUGCUGCGGCACUUUUUGUAGAAAAAGACAAAGAAAGAGUCGACAAUCUCAUCCGAGGCGAUUUAAGUGAUGAAAUAGUUGUUUUCCAUUCGCCGGUUUCUGUUGGCUCCCCACAGGUGUACGGUGCUUUUAGCCAUUUGUGGCGUGGUAUUGAAGAAGACACAGAUGAGGAGACUAUUCCACCCGAAGUUCUCUAACAUUACCAACCAACCAACCAACUCCUUCUUUGCUGAAACUUCUGCCUAUCCACUGAUCAUCCGCUGCAUAUUUUUUUUUCCCCACCUCUCCGUUGAUUAUCCGCUGUUGAUUCUCCCUUCUACUAAUCAACUUUGUAUCUCAGGCUCCCCCCACUCCCAUGGUAUUCCUCUGCUCUUCCUGUCUUUUCAACCCAUUUUCUGCUGCUAUUAACCUGUCUGUGUCUGUGUGUCUCAGUGUAUUUAUAUAUAUGGGGAUCAAAUUUUCUUUUAGGCAUUUUGUUUUAAAGAUGCAGCCCUGCUUUAUUUUUAAUGGGGUUUUUCUAUUUUUAUUUGGGUCUUUUACACGUGUUCAUGUAUGUGUGUGUGACCCUUACACUUAUUUGGAACAGUAAAGUCCUUAAACCUAUCAAAAUGAUCAAUGUUUCUAGACUUUCCCAGUGUCAACAUCAGAAAGUUGAGGAUUACUGGUCUAGGUAGCUGUUUCAUUGCUUUGGUAGACAGAUGUCAUUUCUGUAGACUGCAUCACCAGUCAGGUGCAGUCAUGGCUCUGUGGUAAGAAGAUUGUUUCUUGACCACAUGGUUUCAAGUUCAGUCCCACUGCAAGGCACCUUGAGCAAGUAUCUCCUACUAUAGCUUCAGGCCAAUCAAAGUCUUGGCUAGAUUUCGUAGACAGAAACUGUGUGGAAGCAUAGUCCAUCAUAUAUACACACACACACACAUAUAUAUAUAUAUAUAUAUAUAUAUAUGUAUAUAUACAUAUAUAUAUAUGUACUGGCACAACUCUGAAGUUAAGGAGCUUACUUGACGGCCAGUGUUGGGUUGUGCCUGGUCCCUAAACUUAGUGGUUUGAUAAACGGGACUGAUAGAAUAAGUACCAGAAUUUAUUAAAAAAAAAAAAAAGGUACCGAGGUCAGUUUUUGCAACUAAAAUCCUAGAUAGUGCUCCAGCUUGGCCACAGUCACUUAACUCAAACAAGUACAAUCUGAAAAGUGAUAAAGUAAUUAUACUUUUAUGUCUUGGUGAUGACGCUGAGAAAGUCUAGAAAUGUCUUUCAUAAUGGUGGCUUUAAGAACUUAUGUAAAAAAAUAUGAAAAAUAACACUUUACAGUGUGUGUGUGUGUGUUCUUUUGUUUUAUUGAAUUGUGGCCAUACUGGGGCAUCUUAAGACAAUUGACACAGGUGUAGCUGUCUGGUAGGAAGCUUGCUUCCCAACCAAAUGGUUCUGGGUUCAGUUCCAUUGCGUGGCACCUUGUUGGGCAUGACCUAAAACCUUAUUGCUGUGUGGGUCUUGCUUCGUUGACCAAUGGCUACCCAAUGGCUAACAUCUACUUUAUGAUACAAUUGGGGGUUUUUCUGAUUGUUUUUGUCGUUGUUUUUAACUGGCUGUGAACACAUAAACAAAUAGAGACAGUGAUAAACAUGCCUGUAUUGUGUGCGUGCCACAAUCUGCCGAUCUGAAAUGUGUGUGUAUAUACAUGUAUGUGUUUAUAUGCGUGAGUGUGUGUGAAUAUAUGUGCUGCAUAUAUACAUAUGUAUAUGUGUGUAUAUAGAUAUAUAUGUAUACAGAUAUAUAUAUAUACAGGUAUGUAUAUGUAUAUAUGCAUAUAUGUAUGUAUAUAUAAAUGGGGGAUAAAUUAAAAGAGAAAAACCUAAGUAAAUCCGAGCAUUUAGAAUAAUGUCCUCUAAAUCAAGUCUGAGAGUGAAUAAAGACUAUUUCAGCCAUAAUUCUUCGUCUAAUCCUGACCAGUCGGGAAUGGUGAUGAGGGGCCCACGAGGCUCACGAGAUAUAUACACUCCUUUGCUAUGUUGAUGGAAUAUAUGAGAAUUUAUUAUGAAUCACUCCAAUUUUUUCGACACAUCUAGCAUUGAUUCCCCAUGGGUGGGGCACUCAACAACUGGUUCAGGAGCAUCCGGCCAUGCACAUCAUCAUCAUUUACUGUCUGUUGUCCGUGCUGGCAUGGGUUGGAAUAUAUAUAUAAAGAGUGCGGUUUGCACCAAAGGCCAAUGAGAAUUUUGCUGAUGGUAACUAUUGCAGAGUAAAUAUACACAUAUAUAUCACUGCUGAGUUAUCUCUAUAAAUUUGCUAGAGAAUUUAGAGCCAAAACUGAAAGUUACAAUGUGUUGGUUCUAAUUUCUAUGGGGAAUCUGUCAAGGUAAAUUUAAAAGGGAUUCAGCCCCACUUCUAACACAAAAAAAAAUAGGACACACUAUUGACUUAUAAGCGUUUAUUAUACUUAGUAAAAUGUUAGGGUAGGGAUGAGAGAGGGAAGGAGGAUGGGAGAGAAAUGCGGGGAUGUGUGUUUUUAGGAAAGAAGCCGCUUUGUCUAUUACAUGGUUUUGGGUUCUGUCACUCCUGGCAACAUCUUGGGCCAAUUAAUGCUUUCUGGGGCGUUUGGUUACAGUCUGUAGGUAUAUGUACGUAUGCGUAUGUAUGUUCAGAUACCCAGUUUGCUACUCUCGUUCUCUCUUCCCUCAUCCUUCCUCUCUCUUUCCCCCUCCUCAUAUCAGGUUUUACUAUUUUCAUUUGUAAAUAUUUGUACUUUAUGUGUAUAUUAUUGAUAUAAUAGAUCGAUGGAUAGAUAGGUAUGCAUGUAUAUGGACACCGGCAAGGCUGUGUGGAUACCAAUUUUGCUUUCUCACCAGAUGGUUGCAAGUUCAAUCUCACUGCUUGCCACCUUGGUCAAGUGUCCUCUAUUCUAGAUUCUGUUGGACAAAAGCCUUGUGAAUGGAACAGGAGGACUGAGGCUGCAUGUAGGCCAUUGUGUAUGUGUGUGUGUAUAGAUAUACAUACACACACACACAUAUAUACACACAGGGUCUUGCAGAUAAAUUGAGACAAUUUUUAUGAUGCAUAAAACAGGUUAUAAAUACUAAAAUGAUGGUGGUAGACAGACAGACAUUUUCAUGUAAUGUUUAUUACAACAAAAAGGUUUCACUCGAUAUGGCUGCCUUUUUCGGGGGCAAUUACUGCCUCCACACAAGAACAAAGAUUUUUUGCAGCUGUUGCAAUCUCCACCUCUUUUGAUUUUGCAUGUUGCACGCAUGAUGCAGGUCUUCAAACUGUUGAUACUCUGGUGUGGUGAAGUAUUGGUCCUUGCUUGAAGUACGCCCCAUAAAAUGUAGUUGAGAAGGUUGAGAUCUGGGCUAUUACAGGGCCAGAUGUUGGCCCUCACAAAAAAAAUGGCAAUUUCUCACCAAGGAAACCCUGUAUUGCUUUUGACCCACGAUAAACACCCCAUUGCCAAGCCCAAACUUCUGCUGCAUCCAGAGCAUUCUUCAGGAUGCCCAGAUACUGCUUGGUGCCAAUCUUCAAUCCAGACUCAAUGAAGUGUGGAUCCAUGACAUUUCCAUCACUCGCCAUGGCUCCAGAUAUCAUCACUGGGGAAGGAUUCUUAGUCUCAGACACAGGUGGGGACGUCAGAAGGGUUGUAUGCAAUCCCUUGAGAAUUUCUGUGAUUGACCUCAGCAUCCACAGUGAACAUCUUCUCAUCCACAAGCACAAGAGUUUUUCCUACACCUUGACGCUUGAUGAAUGACAGAAGCUUUGGUCAUCUCUCAGCUCUGAUUGCUUUGGCCUUGGUUGUUAGGAGGUGAUGGCAUUGUCAAACAUGGCUAGUCCUGCCACAGUUGCUGUUCACAGCUCAGGACACCGUGGAAAGGGAAACAGAGCGCUUCUUUGCAAGAAUUGUCAUGAAUGGGGAUGGGUUGGCUUCAGUCGAGAGUUUGACGCCAGUGAGAAACUUUGGAUUGUGCUUGGAAUCCACUUUGAGUCUUGUGUUCUUUUCUAUCAAUCUUUCCCUCUUCUUUAAAUUGUUUAUACACACGAUGAACCAUUGUUUUUGGAAGUUUUGUCAACUUAACAAUUUUAUUGGCAGUUUGCCCAUUUGACUGCUCUGUCUAGCUGAUUGGGUUACUUGAUACAGGCUCGGAAUGGUGGGAGGUGAUGAUUGAAUAUAAGGGCAAGGCAUGAAUACAUCAACAUCUUAGCUCCCUUCUCCUUUAAUUUAUACAUAACUUCUUAGCAUAAUUGUGUUAAUGUUUACGAAUGUGUAGAUUAAUUCAUUUGUGUGAAUGUAUAUGGACAGGGUGGAAAUAGAGGGGACUGUUGUACCCUGUAAUUCAAUGAUUCAGUCUUGUGUCAUACAUUCUGCCUGAGAAUUACAUUAAAAGUACGCAUGUCUGUGGAAUACGCAGCCUUCUGUGCUACUAAUUCAAUUAGUAAGCUAGUUAAUGAAUUAUAUAUAUUUAUAAUAUUUCGUUUGAUUAAUUAUAUAGGCCCAGGUGUGGGUUGUGUGUUAAGAAGUUUGCUUCCCAACCAUAUGGUUCCAGGUUCCAACCCACUGGACUGCACCUUGGGCAAUAGCUUGGCAGACCAAAGCCAUGUGAGUAGAUUUGGUAGAUGGAAACUGAAAGAAGCCUGCCACACACACACAUAUAUAUAUAUGUAUGUAUAUAUAUAUGUGUGUUGUUGUUUUGUCUGUGUAUGUCCUCCUCCAUCCCCAUUGAUGCUGUUGUGUUUACGUCCCUGUAAAUUAGCAGUUCAAUAAAAGACACCGAUAGAAUAAGUACUAGGCUUGAUUCUUUAGACAAAAUUUCUUUAUGGCAAUGCCCCAGCAUGGCUACAGUCUAAUGAUUAAAACAAGUAAAAGAUAAACGAUUUAUGGCGAAAAAAAGCCCAAAACUCCCGUCAUUCCCGACUCUGACGUCAUGAUUUCAGGGGAGGUCACUCUGAAUUCUUCGAAUCGGGUUUUUGUUUGUUUUUAUUUACCAAGCCAUAGUUUUACGUCCAUUACUAUUGGAUUUGUUUGCCUCCGGCCAACGGCAAUUAAGUCACAAAGUGCGAUAAUAGAUGUGCCACCAAUGGUAAUUUUCUCAUGAACGAAGGAUAUACUACUAUUUGAAGCAUGACUAUGUAUACUUUUAUUAAUAUUUAACAAGAAGCAACGGAGUGACUUGAGGGCCGAGUGAAUCGUGUAUUAGCACGGCUCAAGCGAAACUUUCAGCCUUUGAGUCACUCUAUUAAAUAUUAAUAAGAAUAACGUGGCCGUGUGGUAAGAAGUUUGCUUCCCAACCACAUGAAUUUCCGAGUUCAGCCCCACUGCAUGGUACCUUGGGUAAGUCUCUUUUACUUUUGCCUUGACAACCAGUGUUGGUUUCUUUAUGUCCCCAUAACAGUUUAGCAAAAGAGACAAUAGAGUUAAUACCAAGCUUAAGAAAAAAAAAAAAGUUCCUGGGGUUGAUUUAUUUGACUAAAAAUUCUUCAAGGUGGUGCUACAGCAUGACCACAGUCUAAUGACUGAUACAAGUAAAGGACAGCACACACACACAAAUUGUCUUUGUCUUUGUGUAUAAUUUUUCCAUGUCCCCCACCACCUGCCCCUCCCUUUUUUUCACUGAGAUUUCUGUACUAAUCAGCUUAAAAAAAAGGGUGAAUUAGAAGCAGCAACAGCAACAACAAAGGGACAAACAAUUUUGUUUUUUAAUCCUUAUAUUUUUCUAAGAAAAUUUGUAAGGAGUAAAUACUGCAAAAAAAAAAAAAAAGAGCCCCAAAAAAUUUCAAUAAA